AUGGAAGCCGAAACCCUCAGAGGCUUGUCACAGCCAAGAGUGCAGGAGAUCAAAGGAACCUCGAAGAGUACACCUUCCGAUUUCUUCGUUAACGUCGACGAGGAAUCGCGGGAUGUGACUUGGACGGAUCCCGAUACAGGAGAGAGCUUUAUCAUCGACUCCCGCACUGGAAUUUCACGACUACAGCCUGUCCAGGAAUCCGAGAAUGCCGAAAGCCAGUUGACUGGUUCGGUGGGAGCCUUCAGAUCCGAGAGAAGAACCUUGAAGCUCCAGUCGCAAAGUUCAACUCAGCGUCCAGCUUCUACCCCGGAGUGGCUUUCCCGUGCAUUGAAGACGAAUCAAGCAUAUCAGCUGAGCUCCUCCACCGAAGGACCUUUCGCAGAGCCGUCAUUUCCUGUUCACAGGCGCCGCAGCGAUGCCACUCAACACGUAAGGUCGCACGACGAAAGUGCUGCGAUGCAGAUUUCUCGCGAUCAACUGCGUCAAGCCCAAGUCAUUAACCAGGUCGAUCGGAAGUUCAUUGCCUGUUUGGUUGAGGUCGACUUCAAUGGCAAGAAGGCAGGUGGAAUGGGAGCCUCUGGGUCCAGGGCGUCUUCUACUAUAAUGGUUUUGGUGGAUCAGCAUGCAGCGGAUGAAAGAAUCCGCGUGGAGAGGUUUCUCAGACCUCUCUGCAUUGCCUUCCUUCGCGCUUCAGCCGGAAGGAGCGAACCAAGCGACGGGCCAGUUGUGACCGAGCUUCCAUGCCCUUUCCCUGUCCUCUUGACCAAGCACGAAGCUUCGUUACUUCAAAGGAAAGAAACCAUUCAGGCCAGUUUCCGAAACUGGGGCAUUUCAUUUUCAGAAAUUCCGAUUGAAUCCCUCACUGAAGCUUCGGAUAGUGGCACUAGUAAGGAGUAUGUCCAAGUCUUUGUGACCUCCUUGCCCUCUGUCCUCUCCGAUAAGGGCAAAGAAUUACAAGAAUGCAUCAAAAGUUUCCUCGGUCAACUUCAAGAAGGGGAGAUUAGGCCUUACGAUGCAUAUUUUCCAGGAGAAGCAACAGUUGGUAUGGAAGAAUGGCUGAGUGCGCUUCGCCAUUGCCCUCGAAGUUUGCUCGAAUUGGCUAAUUCGAAGGCCUGUCGAGGAGCCAUUAUGUUCAAUGAUCCUCUGACUAGAGAGCAAUGCGAACGUCUCAUUUCCCAGUUAGCCCAAGCGGCAUACCCGUUUCAGUGUGCCCACGGAAGGUUCGUUGUGGACCCUUACGUACCGACGGUUUCUAAAUGA